AUGAAGCUCAGCAGCUCACGCCGUGCGGCAAGCCUCAAGCCAGAAGACUUUGACCACGAAAUCUCUCUAGUCGACAAUGAUGGCACAAUCUCCCCGCAUAAUGGCCACCACUAUGCGCAAAUGGACAGGACUACCACCGCUUCUAAUCUCUUGACUCCAACCCCCAGUACCCGAAGAGGUAGCCGUGCCCAAGCCAGCGCCGAUGGGUCGAGUACGUCUAGUAGGCGUCCAAGCCCCAGCGGCAGUCGUCAGGUGAUACUCGAGCUUCCCGAAGAGCAAGACAACCAGCAGCCUCUUAGGCCAUCACCAUCUCAGCCUUCUAUUAAAGUCCAAGAUGCGACUCCGAUGCCUGAACCCCAGUCUUACUCCACACCCAAGAAGAAAACCGACAAUCGAGAAACCGCGAUCGAUAUCCUCUACGAAAACGAACGAGGUGGCUUCCUAUGCGGUGCUGCUUUGUUCUCCUCGAAAGCGCUGGGUGGCUUGGACCCCUCGCCAUGGACAAACGAAUUCCACAAGCCUUCCCUGACGGACAUCAAUACAGCCGUUGUCCCCGACCCGACAUGGGAAUGGGCUUGGCCUGAGUGGCGCGUCAAUCAUCAGGAAGGGGUCGACGAGUUUGGAUGGGAAUAUUCAUUUGCAUUUUCUAGCGCAUUUUCCUGGCAUGGUGCCAAGUGGUGGAACUCGUUUGUCAGAAGACGAGCUUGGAUUCGGAGAAGGGUCAAGAAGCGUUGCGACCACAAGCCUGACGAACCUCAUCUCCUCACCAGCGACUACUUCGCUGUACGGCCAGCAUCACAGCGUACAAAAGCCACAACUAGCAGCCUCGUUAGCCGGGGUCCCAGCCGGGCAAGUUCGGCGCGAGGGUCUACCGUGGAUUUCAUUGAAGAGGAACCCGACAUUGACGAUCUUCCGACUCUGAUGCGUAGACUUCGCUUCUCUCGCAUAGAUCGCGAGAAAAGAGAAGCCGUCGAAAGCUAUCUUGAGCACGCGCAAGACCUCCCGGCCAUGCAAAGGAACAUGCACGAAAUCAUGGGACUCUUCGUUUUUCAAGCAUCCCGCAGGUUGUUGCUAUGUCACAUUGUCACCAAAUACAACGAAGCCGUCAGAGACGCCGAGAUGAAGCCCACACCGGCCAUGAAGAACCGGAAAGACGCGCUGAGUGCGGCACUUCGGCAUGCGGAUGAGGAAGUUCGCAAGCUAGCUUACUGGAGCGACGUGAAGCACAUGGUUGCUUCGGGUGAAUCGAGACUGAAUCUGGGAGAUGACCGACACCAAUUUUAUGAGACUUUUGAGGGCAUCGACCAGAGUGGUCCAGCACCACCCAAUGGAGGCGACCUCCCCGGCAAAUCAUGA